AUGCUCUUACGGAGCGGGUGUCACAUCAAGGUUACUCGAGAGAACAAAAUUGAAAAGGAACAAGCUGAAUACUGCGUUUCUGGGCUGCUGGGAGGUCGUCUGGGCCUGCAUGGAGUGUGCUCUACAAUGACAAAGGUUCGGCUUUUAGAUGCUGUAGAGAAAGGAUGUUCUGUGUGUGAGGAGCUGCAGUGUGAUGGGUCUGUAGGUUUUGGAGGAAGUCCUGAUGAAAAUGGAGAGACGACAUUGGAUGCAAUGAUUAUGGAUGGGACAACACACGAUGUAGGAGCAGUUGCUGCCUUGCGGAGAGUUAAGAGUGCAAUAUCUGUUGCUCGAAUGGUACUUGAACAUACAACACAUACAUUGCUUGUGGGAGAUCAGGCUACAGAGUUUGCUCUCCAGAUGGGAUUCAAGGAAGAAAAUUUGACAACUGCUAAUUCUGUUGAAAUACAUGAGCACUGGAAAGAAAAAUCCUGCCAGCCUAAUUAUUGGAAGAAUGUUCAGCCAGAUCCCACAGCAAGUUGUGGACCCUAUACCCCUAUAGAUGUAUCAAAGAAAAGUAAAAAAUGGGCAACUGCACAAGAGGGGAAAAAUUUUAAUACCAGGAACCACGACACUAUUGGAAUGAUUGCCAUAGAUUCUCAAGGACACAUUGCUGGUGGAACAUCAACUAAUGGGGCCACUCACAAGAUUCCCGGUAGGGUUGGAGAUUCCCCGAUUCCAGGCAGCGGAGCUUAUGUUGACAGACAUGUGGGAGGUGCAGCAGCCACAGGGGAUGGAGACGUAAUGAUGCGCUUCAUGCCAGCUUUGGUAACAGUUGAAGGAAUGAGGUCUGGUUUAUCUCCUCAUAAAGCUGCAGAACUAGCCCUAUUUCAGAUUGGUAUGUAUUACCCAGAAUUCAUGGGAGCAAUUGUUGCCACGUCAAUUACUGGCGAGGUUGGGGCAGCUUGUCAUGGGUUUGAUAAAUUCCCGUAUUCUGUUGCAAAUCCAACACUGCAGGGAGUAUCUGUGAUGGAAGUUCUUUGCUUUGGUUAAUGGUUAGUGACAGUCUUCAUAUUUGAUGGACUGCAAGGAUAAAGAAAUUUUGUAGCAUUUUUAAUGCAAUGAAUGUUUUACCUGUAUUCAAGGACUCUUCAGAGUGAAUGUACUUAUAGUGUUGUUUUCAUAUUUUUGUUGUCACUUUUUAGUAAUCU